ACUCGGCGGUUUGUGUUUUGUCGGUCGCGCAGCUGUUAUCGCAGUCGCACGACGCUGGGUCUCGUGUAGAGCAAGAUAUUGGAACGAGCAAACGCAGGGCUGAGCAAAAGCCGCCCCCAACAAACUCGCACUCUCAAGCUGGCCAGAUCGCGACGGGCAUCUCGCCGUCGUCAGGCCUCUCCAUUUGGUCAGCAUGAGCGUCGCGACCGCGUCGCCCGCCCAGGGCGGCCUCUCGAUUCCCGCCCUUGCCGAACCAUCCGACUCGGACCCGGGCACGGGCGACGCGACUCCGCGCGCCGCAGCGGACGGGGAGGAGAAGAAAAAGAAACGCAGCUUGUUCGGCUUUGGCAAAAAGAAGACGGAGGAGCCCGCCAAGCCGCCAGCCAAGCCUGCUCCGACGAGCAAGCCUGCGCCUACCACGAGCCGAGCCACGCCCGCCGCGCCCAUCCAAACCGACCACGCCCGCUUCUCGCCCUCCUCGCCCGGCCGCCCCGGCUUCGCCUCCUCCCCGCGCCUCGCCUCCCCCGCCGGUAGCCAGAUCUUCGAGCGCGACGUCCAAGAGAACCUGAUCCCGAACUCGUCUGCGAUCCCAUCACACAUCCAGACCGAGAACUACAUCCCCCCCGUCCUGGACGCCUCCUCCGAGGCCAUCACCGCCGACAACCUCGACCCGGACGACGUCGAGAUCAUCACGCACACCUCGCACCAGCCGGCCUCGAUCGCCGUGACGGGCGGCAUCGGCCUCAGCCCAUACGAGCCCUCGUGGACCGACGAGCUGGCCGCCUUCUCGGCCCAGCGCACCACCAACACCACCACCUCGGCCACCGCCGCCGACACCGCCUCCAACUACGGCAGCUUCGACACCACCGACGUGCGCCGCCUCAGCUUCAUCUCCUUCGCCGACGUCGUCCAGGCCGAGCACGCCGGCCAGUUCGCCGGCCCCGCCGCCGGCUCCCGCGACAGCAUGCACAUGGCGGGGCUGACCUCGCUCGCCGCCCUCGGCGCUGUCAACAACCACAACCGCAACCGAUCACCCUCGCCCAUCCGCUCGCCCGUCUCGUCCUCCGGCGGCGGCGCCGCCUUCACCGGCGGCAGCAGCCCGCCCACGAGCAACCCGGGCUCGGUCAAGGGCCUCGAGAUCAGCGGCGGCACCGGCGCCGGCGGCGUCAUGGCGGGCUCCGCCUCGCCCCGCUCCGCGUCGUCGCCGGUGCGCAGGCCGCUCGGCAGCCCUGCCAGCCUGGUCAGCAUGCAGCACCUCAGCGGCGGCGGGCCGACCGUCAGCGGGGAGAUCGCGAUCGAAACCAUGACGCAGGCGCUGCGGCGGACGGGCAGCGGGGAUCUGAGCGGUGGCGGCGGGAGCGUGGGGGUUAGGAGUUUUCCUGCUAGUCCGAUUUGAGGGGUUGGAUUAGGGGGAGGGAGGAAGGAGGAGACGGGGGGUUUAUUUUUCUUCUUCUUCUCCAUCAUUUUUUUCCCCUUUUUUUCUUGCGUGAAAGUUGAGAAAGGUUGAAUUUGUAGCUGAGGCGGGAGGGCCCGGGCAUGGGGCUGUGGGGGGGGGGAGGGUUGGUUACCU